AACAUUAACAUCAAGACUGGCAGCGCAACUAGUAGUGUGUGUAGUUUGGCACCGCAUGAACUCAAAGCUACUGAUGCUGGGUUAAAUAAGCUUACAAACCUAGUCCAAUUACCAUGAAGACAGGAGGAGACUUCACUCUUCACCGCUGACCAACCAACCCAAAAGAAACAGCCUAAACGUGAAUGUGUCCUCGUGAACCGGGAGACUGACAGCACGAACAGAGAUGCGCGCGACGCGCUCGUGUGCCUUCAGGUCUUCAUCGCAAGGCAGAGUUUUCUCAUCGUGUCUGUAAGCCGUUUGUUUGUUAUUCCUCCAAUAAAGCGGGAUUACGCUUUCCUCGGACUGUCCUUCUUACCAUGGAGUCGCACACGGACGUGUUACUGGUCACCGCAAAUGUUGGAUCUCUGUUUGACAAUGUGGGUGAGAUUGAAAGAGAUUGGCUACGAGAGUUCUUUAUGACGGUGCACAUGUACAAGCCACGCUUUAUUGCCCUGCACUUUCAAGAAGUUGGUGGAAAGGACUAUAUGUCGAACAUGGGCUACGUUGAUAAGUUUUUUGGGACCAUAGAGUCCAGCUCUGAGAUGGCAGACUUUGACAGAGCAUGUGUCUAUGUAGACAGCAAUUUUAAAACAGUAGACAGUUUUACGGCUCUGGGAAGCAUGUAUUUCAUCCACAAAUCACUGAAAAAUAUCCUACAAUAUGACUUCAAUGUGAAGGAGUUUAAAGCCGUCUUGGGCUGCAGCAAGUACACGGACUCGCUGGACGGAGUGUCAAUGGUGGAAAAAGAGAAAUUCCCAAAGAACUUCUGGCCUGAUUUCAAGUGGUCUAGAAAAGGCUUUAUGAGGACACGAUGGAUCAUUCACAACCAGGCUUUAGACUUGGUGAAUGUUCACCUGUUUCACGACGCCUCCAACCUCAUAGCCUGCAAAUCGAGUCCUUCAGUGUACUCUGCAAACCGCCACGCAGCUCUCAGAUAUGUCAUCAACAGGAUAUCAGAUAACAGCUACAGUUCGCCCCCCUUCUUCGUAUUCGGUGAUUUCAAUUUCCGUCUUGACACGCUCAGUUUAGUACAGAACCUCUCUGUGUCUGCUGAAAACCCCAGAGAGAAAAGAAACAGUAACAACGAGGUGGAAAAGAUCAUCUAUGAGGAAAAAGAUAAUGACCACAAGGUCCUCCUUCACAUAGAGACCAAGUUAUUUGCUUACUUGCAUCAGGCUGCGUUCCGGGAAAACAACGGAAAAGAGCUUCUGAAGUAUGAUAAGGAGAUCAGUGCAUUCCAUGACAUCAUCACAGAGGAGGAUAUUCAUUUUCCUCCUAGUUACCCAUACAGUGAAGACUACACUAAACCCACACAAUACAUGAAUACACGAUGCCCCGCAUGGUGUGAUCGCAUCUUGAUGUCCCAUAGUGCAAGAGACAUCAUCAAUCGGAGGGAAGAUGGUGAAACUGAUGUUGUUUAUAACACACUGGGCUCCAAUGUCUGCAUGGGGGACCACAAGCCCGUUUUCCUCUUUUUUACACUGAAGACGACUGCACAUUGACACACAGUACUGGGAAAUUCAUAAGGUUUUGCUGCACCCAGAGAUCAUUCAAUGGAUAGAUGAACCAAUCGCGAAUAGUCAGUGAACAGAGACACGACCCAUUCAGCACACAGGACCACUGAAAUCUUCACCGAACACUGCAGAUGCCGUAAAACACAAGAACUAUUCAUAUUCAUUUUCAGACGGUUUGUGCGUAUUUUAAAGAAGUGUCGUCUUCAGAAAUAGCAGAACAAAGAAAAUAGCAUGGAAUGGACAGAACCAAGAAAAAACAGAGAAGUUCUCAAGGCACCUCUAAAAGACUUUUUUUUAUAAGAAAAUAAGCUUUGUGUAACUACAAACACGAUUUUUAUGAAAACUUCGUACAGUGACAUGAAUACAGGUAUGCAGACACCAUAUCCAAACGCAGGCUGCUGCUACGCACAAGCUUUCCGUUUUAAUUGGCAUUCGUGUUGUUGGGUUAACGCAGUUGUCCCAAACGUGAAACAAUCUGGUAAAACACUCCUCAGCUAUUAGUUUUAACAGUCGCUUCUUGGCUCUUAUGCUUUGUGUUUGGUUUUAUAUUUGAAAUAUUAAGCAUGUAUUUUUGCAUUUACACUCACCUCAGCAGUUAUAGCUGUCAGCCUCUCUUGAGCUUCAGUCAUUGUGUCUGUGGGGUUGUUAGUCAAACUCGCGGAUCAAUAUAAUAUGUACAGGACAGCGAGGGACGAGUUAAAAAGCCAUUAGCACUUGUGAAUUAUGGAAAUCCCACACUGAGGGCCUUGGCCUGGAAGCCCCCUUGACUUUUAAUUAUAGCACUAGUGCAAUGGAGAAUGCUAAUGUGAAGUGUAGCCAUCGGAGAUGCUGUUUGUUUCCACAACAAAUCUGUGAUAUUUUAGUUUAGUUGUUGUUUUUGUGUUAGGUACUGUGCUCAGAUUUGAUCAGGUGCAGUAAAGUGGUUGGAUUACAAAGCUCACCCAAAAACUUUGUCAUUAUUUACUCACCUUCAUGUCAUUUGAUCCCCAAAGGUUAUUCUUUGUUCUUCAAAACCCAAAGGCAGAUUUUUGUUUUGGGUUUUCUGGUUAUUAUAGGAGCAGAUGGUGACCCAAAAACUCAAGCUUUAAAGGCACUGAAAAUGUUAAAAUAAUAACUCCACUCGACUCGUGCAGUAUAUAUUUUUAAUGUCCUGAAGGCAUACAAAAGGGUUUGGUGUAAAACAAACUAAAAUAUAAUAUUUUUUUUUAAUGAAAAUCUUGACCUGUGCCUUGCUUUCAGUGCACAUUCUCGGUGUCUUAACUGUUGUUUAGGCAGUUUUAGGAUGUUAACCAACUAAACAAUAGCGAUAUCCUAAAGCAAGAAAGUAAAGAAGUAAAUGUCUUCAGGACACUUAAAAUAUAUAACACAACUUGAGUUAUUUAUUUCACUUUUGGGUCAUUUUAAAGCUUCACAUUAUUUUCUGCUUACAGUGGGAGUGGAUGGUGACCGCUCGGUCUCAAACAACAAAACCCAAAACGACACUUUUUAAAAAUCUGUGUUAGGGUUCUGAAAAAUAAAUGAUACAUUAGGAUAAGUAAAUAAUAACAAAUUUUUUAUUUUUGGGUGAACCAUUCUUUUAAAAAGGCCAUGAAAUCAAAUCUGGAGGUUGUUUUAGUCCAUCUCAUUUUAAAGACUAUAUGCUAGUGUAGUGUAUAUGCAGCAUACAUAUAGACAUUAUAUAAGUUUCAGAUGCACCAAUAAUCAAAGUGAGUCUGAUAGUCUGUGGCACAGAAUCCAAACACGUAAAUUGGUUGAAAAUUUGAGUUGUGUUUUUUUUGAUUUACUGAUAUUUGCUGCAUCUGUGUUGUUAUUUUAUUAUUUAAUAUUAAUGUAAUCGGGAAUGUUUAACAGUUGUACGUAGUUGUUGGUUUACAUUGAUGUUUCAUUGGACUUUAGAGUAAAAUCCAUUGUAAUUAUUUAAACAUAGUCGUCGAGAUGUCCCUAGUUCAUUUUUUACUGGUUCUGGUAAUAUACGUCUUCAAUAUUGCUUCAAGCGCAAUGUUCCCUUUUAAAAUCAAUGCUUGAUAGCCUCACGUAAUUGUUUAUGAAACGGAGGAAAUGUUAGUCAAGACUUAUUUUUAUAUAUGACAAAGAUUUAAUCUCGAUGAUAAAAAUGUCUAAAAGUCAACCACAAGUGGUUACAGUAUAGGACAAUUCUGUCAUUUCCUAUCUCAACAAGAAUUUAUUGAUGAAAUCUACGCAUAAUUUACAUGUAAGGGGUUAAAUCGUACGACCCAUCUGUCAAUAAUAGACUUGUUGUAGUUGAUUCAUGGUAUGGUCAAGAUAAUUUACUGUUCUCAAGGGCAUCACUUCAGACUUGUGUUUCAAUAGGAGGCCAUAGAGUUAUAGGUUUAGGUGUAAUUAAGCAUUUGCGAAUUUACAAAUAAACAAACACUACAAUCAUUUAACAUUUCAUUUAUGUGUCAUUUGGAGCACUGUUUUCAGCAUGCCAAGUAAAAUUUGUAUGUAGCCGUAUAUGUUUGCACUUGUUUUGGGGAAAUAUUUUAUUUUGAUAUAUGUCGUUAUUUCUGCUUUCUGUUUUCUGCUUCUUUCUUCUUUAUAUUUUUAAAGGAAUUAGACAUACAAUACAUCAUAUAAAUAAAAUUUAGUAAUAUAUAUUGUAUAUCUGUCUAUCAAUGUAUUGAGAGAAUAGUUAGUUGUGUGGUGUGACAUUUUUAGGAUUAUUUUUUUAAUGUUGGGCUAAGGGGACUGGGCAGCACUGGACAAUAACAGUGUGUUAGAAAAUGUUGAAAUAUUACAUGAACAGUCACAUUUAUAUUUAAAAAGUUGUAGCAGGGUCCAUACAUUGUUUAAAAUAAUAAAACCAUUGGCCGUCGCCUUGUAAUACAGGGGUAACGUGAUGAAUGUCUAUGCCCCACCCUUCAGGAUGAACCUUAUUUUAUAGUAUGUUUUAAUAUUUGUACAAUUUAAUUUUGCUAAGGAGAAAAAUGUUUAUUGAAGUGAUGGAAGAUUAAGAAAUUCGGUGCCAAAAAUGUUUUUUUAUUCUUUGUUUCCCAAUGUUUCCAUUUUAUGACUUUAAACAGAACACUUCAGGCAGUGUUUGAUGGAUAAAUUCAUUAAAUGAUACAAUAAGAGCUGCAAUGCAUUUAUUUAGCAUCAUGUGCAUCUGAAUGCUGUAAUAAAAUGGUCCAAAUUCUCCCUUACUCUACUUUUGGCAGCAUGAAUGAAUGAAUGUCAUAAAUAUGUUAUUGUUUGAUUUUCUAAUAAAAUGUAUACAUAUAAUUUAAUAUGA